AUGGCAGAAGAUAAAGUUUGUUUACCAUCAAGUUCAAUUGAGAAACAUAUGGAGACAAUUUCGUCGGAUUUAGCUAAUGAACAAUUUAAUGAGUUGAAUCACAUCAAAACUCACAAAGUCGGUAUCAUUAUGAAUGGCGUAACUGGACGUAUGGGUACGAAUCAGCACUUAAUUCGCUCCAUUAUGGCGAUCAUCGCUCAAGGUGGCGUAAAGAUUAAGGAACAUGAAACGAUUAUGCCAGUUCCUGUUUUAGUUGGUCGCAAUAAAGAUAAGUUGGAGAAAUUGGCUGCUCAGAUUGGUGUCAGACAAUGGACUACUAAUUUAGAUGAAGCACUGAUGGAUACACGAAAUAUCAUUUAUUUCGAUUCUCAACUUACAAAAUUGCGUGUUCCAGCAAUGAAAAAAGCGAUUGCGGCGGGCAAACAUGUGUACUGUGAAAAGCCAGUUGCAGAAACAGUUGAAGAUGCCUAUGAGCUUUAUAAAUUAGCACAAGAAGCAGGAAUCAAGCAUGGUGUUGUGCAGGAUAAACUGUGGCUACCAGGACUUCAGAAGUUGAAGCUGUUGAAGGACAAUAAUUUUUUUGGCCGCAUUCUUUCGGUACGUGGCGAGUUCGGCUAUUGGGUAUUUACUGGAGAAGAUGGAACACUGCCCCAGCGUCCUUCAUGGAAUUAUCGGAAGGAAGACGGCGGAGGUAUUAUUCUCGAUAUGUUAUGUCAUUGGCGCUAUGUGUUGGAUAAUCUAUUUGGGGAAGUUAAAGCCGUUUCGUGCCUUGGUGCAACUCAUAUCAAACAACGUAGGGAUGAAAAUGGAAAACCUUACACAUGUACAGCAGAUGACUCAGCUUAUGCUACUUUUCAACUAGCUGAUGACAUCAUAGCACAUUUCAAUUCAUCGUGGUCUGUCCGAGUCAGACGCGAUGACUUGUUAACCCUAUGGGUUGAUGGCACUCACGGUUCUGCUGUAGCUGGGUUGCAUAACUGCUAUAUUCAACCUUUUGACGCAACGCCACGUCCAGUCUGGAAUCCUGAUGUUAACAGUCCUAUUGACUUCAGAGAGCAAUGGAUAAGUGUACCUGACAAUCAAGUGUAUGAUAAUGCAUUUAAAACUCAAUGGGAAUUAUUCCUGCGCCAUGUAGUGAAAGAUGAACCUUUCCCCUGGGAUUUACGUGCCGGAGCCAAAGGUGUCCAACUGGCUCAAAAAGGUUUAGAAUCAUGGCAAAAACGCUGCUGGGUAGAUAUUCAAGACCUUCCUGUUUUAUAG